GCUAUGAACAAAUAAAAAAAUCAGCCUUAAGCUAAAUGCAGUAGCUGCACCCAAACGGGAAUGGACCAAAGAUAGACGCGUUGAUCGCACCAACAGACGAUUAACUCGUGUGCCAGAUAAGAGUGGGAGAGAAGUGUAGGGAAACUGAAAGUCACUGUACAAAAGCCUAUGGCUGAUACAAAAUGCUAGUCUCUUGUUAUUGUUGUCAUUGCCUCAAGUAAUGCAGUGCAAACGAGUAUUCGUAAACAAAGCAUAGAAGACUGAACUUGUGAUUUAGCAAUUUGGUUGUCUACGCCGUGCUCCCCUGCUGGUCAUUUUGUGUGAUAUUACGCACUGUUAAGACAACUGCAUUUGUGGGAUACAUAUUUUAGUUGAACUUACGUUACAACUUUUUUAGAUUCACAUCAUCAAGUUACGCACUGCCAUUACUACUAGAGAUCUUAGCGGUAUAAAAAAUAUAGCGUAUUCGAUUAGUCCUGCAACAAAUACAAAAGCAGAUCGGCAUUAGCACAGUCUGCGUCCACAAUAAAAUUAAAAUAAAUAGUAAUUACUAUAAACAUAUAUUUAAGAACUUGCAAUCCACAUUGGGUAGCAUUGUUGUUAAAAGAAAAAAAAUUAACGCAACGAGUGAAGCAUACAAAAUUUCAGUUUGUAAGUUUACCAAAUACUUUUGAGGGUAAAGCGCAUAAAGGUACACCAAGCACAAUAAUGUCAAAUAACUAUCAGCACCACAAUAAUUAUCGCGGCUCAAGCACAUCACAACAGAUGAAUGGUCUACGGCCACAUCACCUGCAGAACGGUGAUUGUGGCGACGAUGGUGAUUGCUAUCGCCGCGGUGGUGGCUCAAAUCGCCUCACAAAUGGUUAUAGUGUGAAGCCGUUGGACAAUGUGGCGGUGCCUGACAUGUGCAUAUUUUGUUUUGAGGUGCUUGACUGUGAGCUGAACAAUGUAGAAGCGCCUGGUACGCCCAAAUUCACAAAUGAUGCUUACCCAUUAUUUGUAACUUGGAAAACAGGGCGUGAUAAGCGAUUACGUGGUUGUAUUGGUACGUUCAGUGCCAUGCAUUUGCACAAUGGACUUCGUGAAUAUGCAUUAACGAGUGCUUUAAAGGAUUCGCGCUUUGCGCCCAUCGCUAGGGAAGAGCUACCCAAAUUGACUGUGUCGGUGUCGAUAUUGCAAAAUUUCGAAGAAGCACACGGGUAUCUCGACUGGACAUUAGGCGUACAUGGCAUACGUAUUGAAUUUUUGAAUGAACGUGGUUACAAGAGGACUGCUACUUAUUUGCCACAAGUGGCUACUGAACAAGGUUGGGAUCAAACCCAAACUAUAGACUCUCUACUCAGGAAGGGGGGCUACCGUGCAGCAAUCACCCCGGAAACUCGAAAAUCAAUCAAAUUGACGCGUUAUCGUUCGCAAGAAAUUCAAAUGAACUAUAAAGAGUAUCGUGAAGUGUUGGAACGUCGGGCGCAAUAUGGCAAAGUACAAUGCUAACAAACACCGAAAAUGCGUUUCAAACAACACCAGCAAAUCUUAAUGCAGCAACAGAAACAAUUUCAGUUACAACAACAACAAAAACAGACUACAAACACUACAAAUAUAAUGACGUUGUCAAAACAAAACUUUCAAAAUCCGCAUCAACGCAAGUCAUACGUUGGUGUACAACAACAACAAUUACCGACUAUACCACAUAAUAGAUAUUAUCAUUAUUAUAAUUCUUAUUAUCUAUAGUUUAUAGCUAUACAAAAAAGAAAGCGUCGCGCCAAUGCUAACUACAAAAACAAAAACAUUAACAAAAAGCAUAAUGACGAUAGCAAAUAACAACUGCUGGGUCAGCAAUAAACGCGUUUUCCAAAACAAUAAUAAUUUUCUGAUAAAAAAAAACAUAUAUUAAUAACAAUAAUGGUACAUAUUUAUGUAUAUGUAAAGUUCAAAUAAUCAAAAAAUCAAAUUAUAAUGCUAAUUAAAUUACUAAAAUUUUAUUCAUUUUACUUUUAAGGCGGAUGGUAAUAUAUUCUACACGCCAACGUGCUUCUUAAUGCUAAUAUGUACAUACAUGCAUACAUACAUGUAAACAGUAAAUGAAUUUUAAUUUGCAAUAAAGCUAAAAAAUAUAUAUUAUAUAACUAAUUCUUGAAAUAUACAUGAAGUACGUACAGCAAUUCGGAAUUUUAGAAACUAACGGAAAAAACCAAUUAUUUUGUCCCUUCAGUAGAAAUAGAAAAAUAAUUGUUGCGUACAAACGUUUGUGAAAUGACGAACAACAAAUGGUGUUUUCAGUAAUAUUUUAAAUUGAGAGUACACAUACAUACAUAUAUAAAAUACAAGUGCUUUGUCAAUAUAUUUAUAGUUAUAUUCUGAAAUUUCGUUAAGUUGCAAUUUAUUUACUGUUAUGCAAUACAAAAACAAUUUAUUUGCAAUAUUAGUGCACCUUAUUUUUACUAAUCAAUUAUUUAGCAUUCGAUAAUUUCGGUUAUGAGAAUAGUGUUUUAUUAUUCCCACUUUUAUAAUAUUAAAUAUUUGGAAGCAAGCCUCCAAAACAAGAUUGCUUUCGAUUAGUUGUUGUUAUCUUUAAGACAGCAUUUAAGUGACAUUUUUUCUCUUAAUCAAUCCUAAAAUUUAGUGAAAUUAAUGUUGUAAGCAAUUUUUAGGAAAUAAAAGAAAAAUUAAGAAAUUA